AGAGGGCUUUUGUCAGUUCUCUUAUCCCUCCAUAGUAAGUCUAGGUAGAUAGGAUCUAGGGAAUAAAGGAAAAUUUCUCCUUUUGAUGAAUGUGUGGUUAUCAGAACAAUAAAGAAGGCUUACAUCCUAUUUCUUUGUGGGUACCCGCACCAGUGUAGCUGUUCGUGAAAGCAGAGUUCAAUCUUUGCCUUUCUGGUAAAUUUAAACAAAGAUGGACCUUUCCUUGUACCUGGAUGGUCCCUCUUCAUGGUGUUACGAACCAACGUGAGGAGCCCACAUGCUUCCCCUGGGGAAAUGUCUGUGUCAGCCUGGAUACAGACCUAGUCCAAGAUGUGUACAGGUGUGGCUCCGAUUCCUAGCUGGUAACCUCUGUAUCAAGUGUCUGGUGAUGUGCUUUGGCUUGCUGCCCUAGUAUAAUGCAGCAUGCAGAGCAUCUUUCUGCAUACACCUCAGUGCUGGCAGUUUGUGUUCUUGCAAAGGACUUAUGUUUUCCUCCUACCUGCACCUGAAAUACCACCCUGAGAGCAAAGUUCCACACACCACUAUGGAAUAUUACGUGGCAAUGAGUGUAGUCUGCAUGAACUGCCUCUGUUUGACCUUGCCUAGUGCUUAGGGGCAAGGAAUUUACCCCCUUGAGGGCAGCUCCCUCAACAUAGUGCCCAAGUGGGCAUUCAGGCAGCUGUUCUGACCUUCGUGUUUAAAAUUUACAUUGUCAGGCAGGGGCAGGGGAAGGAGUUUGUUGAAUAUGGAGGCAGAGUUUUCUAGAUUAGUAUGUCUAAAUGUAGGAAACAUUUAAGUAACAAACCUCAUAUAUUGUGUUUCAAAAUAGUAUUUUUUAAAUGUAAAAUGUAAAAAGGAUUUUGUGUUAGAAAAUCGGGUCUGAAUGAUUCAUCCUUCAACUACAGGCUCACACAGUACAAGCAAAGAGGGAUGUAGACCUGGAGAACAAUAUUAAAUGAUUUAAUGAGAAGAAAGAAAAAUCCCUUUAGAAGCCAGACAGUUGCUUAUGUCAGUCAGGAGCUAGAUGAGGCAGUUUGAAGGCCUUAGGGAAGUUCGUGGGAAAAACCUGGAGCUGAAAGUAUGGAAGUAAUUUUCAAAGGUCUAGCUAGGGUGCGUGUAUCAAACAUGAAAAGAAAUGUUGGAGAAAUUCCAGUUUCGUCCACUGAAACAAGAUCCUUUUUUUUUCUGGAAGUGAUCUCCCAGGAGCCAAAAAAGAAGAGUGGAGUUCUGAGUAAGACAUGGGAUGUGCCAACAAAAGGCUGGUGGAAAGGCUAAUUCUGUCUCUUGGAAGAGUUGCAAGUAAUUACUUUUCAGAAGUCCCAAUCAGAUCUUAUUGCAAGCUUUCUCUUUUGAGAAGAACUUCAAGAAAUGAGUUUAAUGCAACUCGACAGAAAAGAGAUCCUGUAACAGCAGAGAUUCAAGCUGCCACUCCUUGGUCUCCCCUUCAUGAGGCCUUGACGCGGAGUCCCCCAGGAGGUUCAUGUCCUCAGGAGUGUCUUAAUGGAGCAGCCUGCACAGAGGCAGGUGACUGUGACUGUCAGUUAUUUCAGGCUCAAGGAAGCAGGUGCCAGAUUGUACCUAACACUGGUAAGGACCGAGAUGGAAUUUGCAAAUCAUGGGGACAGUAUCAUUUUGAAACAUUUGAUGGCAUCUACUACUACUUCCCAGGAAAUUGCUCCUAUAUUUUUGCAAAAGACUGCAAUACUCCAGAACCCCAGUACACUGUUUGGAUUCAUAACAGUCCUCACUGUUACGGUUCGGUAUAUACUUGUCAGAGGUCUGUCAGCUUGUUUUUUUUAAACCAAGAAGAAAUAAUUAUUUCAGGACAUGAAGUAAGAAAAGAUGGAAUCAGAUUAAUGUUACCUCAGACAGUUGGAAAUGCUUUCCUUGAGAGACUGGCUGACUAUAUUCUGGUGAAGACUACCUUUGGUUUUUCUCUUGCUUGGGAUGGAAACUCUGGCAUUUAUAUUAAGCUGACAGAAGAUCAUAAGGGAAAACCUUGUGGCCUCUGUGGGAAUUUUAAUGGCAACAAAUAUGAUGACCUGAUACUGCAAAAUAGUGAAUAUACAGAAGACAUUGCUGAAUUUGCAAAUAGCUGGGCUGUGCAAACCUCAGAUGAUGUAGCUUGUGUACCUACUGCCUCAGAUUUUUCCAGUCCUUGCUCAGCUGAUGCAGAAUCCACUGAGGACAUAUUCUUCAAGUGCCAAAUACUCCUACAGUUUCCUUUUCUCAGCUGCCAUGAAAGCAUAGAUCCAUAUUCUUAUAUUUCUAGUUGCAUGAACGAUCUUUGCAGAGUGGAUGAUGAUGAAACAUACUGCAGGGCGGUGACAGAGUACGCUAGAGCAUGCUCUCAUGCUGGGUCCCCGGUGCGGGACUGGAGAGAUGACUUUCCUGCCUGUACCGAUAAGUGUGAAGACAGCUUUGUACACCGUGACUGUAUCAGUUGUUGUCCACCAACCUGCACAUUUGAAAAAGAUUGUCUUGGCAGCAACCUACACUGCUUAGAUGGCUGUUACUGUCCAGAUGGUCUCAUUAUGGAAAAUGGAACUUGUAUCUCUGUAUCAAAUUGUCCUUGUGUUUAUCAUGGAACUGCCUUCCCUGUGGGCUCAAAAAUUGAACAAGAAUGUAGCGACUGUAUUUGUAUUGGUGGCAUUUGGAACUGCACUGAUCAUGAUUGCCCAGCUGAGUGCUCCAUCACAGGUAGCUCUCAUUUCACAACAUUUGAUGGACGUCAUUUUACCUUUCUUGGGAUUUGCCAGUACAUUUUGGUAAAAGGCACUGGGAAAAACAAAUUCACAAUCACUUUACAGAAAGAACCUUGUGGACAUAACUUUGACCAUGCCUGCAUUGAGUCUAUAACACUAGUUCUGGAAGAUGAUGUGAGCAAACAAGUAACUCUCACGAGAUACGGUCAAGUCCAAACUGGUCUUAACCAAGUUUUUAACCUUAAUGGAGCUAUUGAAAUUCAGAAUAUAUCUUCUUUGUUUGUUCAACUGAAAACUAGUUUUGGUUUGAAGAUACUGUUUGCUAAAGAUGGAGAGAGGAUCUAUGUUCAAGUUGAUGUCAGCUGGAAGAGAAGAACAUUAGGACUAUGUGGAACAUACAAUGGGAAUUUAAGAGAUGAUUUUCUUUCUCCAUCAGGGAUGAUAGAAGGGACCCCCCAACUUCAUGCCAAUGCAUGGAAGGUUUCCUCAGCUUGUUCUGUACCUAUCAAUAUUCCUGUGGUUGAUCCCUGCAACAUUAAUCAGCAAAAUGCUGGGUAUGCAUCUCACUGUGAUAUCAUCAAUCAAGAAGUUUUUGCUCCCUGCCAUGCCUACAUCAGUCCAGGACUAUACUACCAGCUAUGCCGCUUCGAUGCGUGCAAAUGUGGAAGCAGCUGUUUGUGUAAUGCUUUGGCACACUACGCCUACGUCUGUGGCAAGCAUGGGGUCGUCAUUGACUUCAGAUCUCACAUUUCUUACUGUGCUGUGAUGUGUCACAGGGGUAUGCUUUAUCAUCAGUGCUCUUCUUUUUGUAAACACUCAUGUGCUUCAUUUUCUAUGGUGAAUAUCUGUGGUGAUGACUGUGCAGAAGGAUGUAAUUGUCCUGAUGGGAAAUAUUUUGAAGAGUCAGUCAACUUUUGUGUAUCAAUAUCUGCCUGUCAUUGUCAUUACAAGGGCAAAGCCCUCCAGCCUGGAGAAAUCCUCCCUACGCCAACAGGCUCCUGUCAGUGUUUGAAUGGAACAGUGAAAUGCAUUGAAACCACUAUAGAAAAUAGAGUUCACAUAUGCCCUGAAGGAAAAAUCUACUAUGACUGCAGAUCUCCUGUGCCUGGAUUACCAGCAGCGGGUGCGAAUUGUGGGAUCUCUUGUGCAAACCUUGCCAUGAACUUCUCCUGUGUCCCCUCACCACCCUGUGCAAGUGGCUGCAUUUGUCCCCCUGGGAUGGCUGAACAUAGAGGGAAAUGUUACAUUCCUGACAGUUGUCCGUGUACCUGGAAAGACAGGGAAUUUCUGUCAGGAGAAGUGAUAGCUACACCAUGUUACACCUGUGUUUGUCGGAGAGGGAUCUUCAAUUGCACGAGUUACCCCUGUCCUGCUGUGUGCACUAUUUAUGGAGAUCGACAUUACUACACCUUUGACGGAUUGGAGUAUGAUUAUGUCAGUGACUGCCAAGCUUAUCUGCUAAAGAGCACAGAUAACUCAAAUAUAUCUAUAAUUGCUCAGAACAAAAAGUGCUUUGACAAUGAUAUUGUUUGCUCAAAGAAUGUUUUCAUCACUGUUGGAGACACUGAGAUUUAUUUUAGUGAACCUUCUGAGAAGCAGAAGACCUUAAGAGGACAGAAAAACAAAUCUAACUAUCAGCUUUGGAAGGCUGGAUAUUAUACUGUGAUACACUUUCCAGAACAGGACAUUACAAUUCUGUGGGAUAAGAAGACAAUGAUGCAUGUUAAAGUUGGACCUCGAUGGAAGGGUAAACUAGCGGGUUUGUGUGGAAAUUUUGACAAAUAUACUUCAAAUGAUCUGACUACAUCAAACAACAUGGAGGUGAGAAAUGCACAGGUGUUUGGAGACAGCUGGGUAUUAGGACAGUGCAAGAGCCCAAAUGAAACACUAAGACCAUGUGAAGUACAUCAGAGCAAGUUCCCUUAUGCCAAAAAGGAAUGCUCAAUUUUAUACAGUGAUGUUUUUGCACCUUGUCGCAACGUGAUUGAUGUGACUUCUUUUGUCAAAAAUUGCCACACAGAUACGUGCAACUGCAAUCUUGGUGGAGACUGUGAGUGCUUGUGUACCAGUAUUGCAGCUUAUGCCCACAAGUGCUGCCAGCAAGGAACAGCGAUUCACUGGCGAUCUCCUUCACUCUGUGCUUAUGACUGUGAAUAUUACAAUCAAGGUCUUGGUGAAGGACCCUAUAUUUUGGCAAGUUACAGAGAGAAUGGCACAAUUAUAGGAGCUAACGUAUCCAGUAGAAGGAUAUUUCCCCUGCCUAGAACCAGAGCAUAUGGAAAUGUAAUUUUCAGUUUCAUGAUAACGCCAGGUCUUUUCAAAGAUAAAGAUUUAUCUCUCUCUCUUGUUUCUCUUGAAUCUGCUGAAAGACCAAACUACUUUCUGUACGUACACAACAAUGAAACCAUUGGGUUGGAACAGUGGCAGACAAGUGCCUCCUUUCGAAGACGAGCUACCUUCUUCCACCACCAGGGCCUCUGGAGUCCAGGGCUCAGUGCCUUUGAAUUGCACAGUAAAAAAGGAUUUUUCAUCAUUCUCACAUCAUCUGGUGUUAAAGUGGCAAAGUACGAUGAUUCAGAAGAAUUCAAGCGUUUGAGUAGCUUUAGUAUUGAAGAACUCGAUGCAUCUGUGCCUUACAGAAGGAUGUGUGAAUGGCGAUAUGAAUCUUGUGCUAAUCCUUGUGUUAAAACAUGUAGCGACCCUGAAGGAACAGCAUGUAAAUUCCUUCCUCCGGUUGAAGGAUGCUUGCCAUACUGUCCCAAAAACAUGAUCCUUGAUGAGGUCACACUUAAAUGUGUUUAUCCAGAAGACUGCAUACCUGUGACACCUGCAGAAUCAGCAAUUGGAACAAAACCUUCAUUGUUACUCUCUCACAUGGAUGCUACCACAGAGAGAUUUCCUCAGACACCUCCUUUAUAUAUUACUCCAGGGACUGAGUCAACUCAUACCGGUGUGACAGCCAAAAUAACUGUGAAGGCAAAAACAACUUUAAGGGGAAUGAAUAUGUCAGCUCAGUCCAUUACAGACUUUUAUUCAUUGGAAGCAUCUAAUGCAGCCACCUAUUCAACAUAUUCAUUACCAAGCACAGUGGAGCCUUCUGCUGUACUUCACAGCACAGCCAGCCCUACUGUCCUUUCUAAACUCAUCUCUUCAACAAAUUUUCCAACUGCUCUUCAAGCCUCAGCAGUCACAUCACAUACUGUCAGUUCUACUGCAUCUAUAACUUUACCCAUUACAAUAGCAACUCCAACAACCCUGCUCAGUGCAAGUCCUAUUCCAGCACGUUCUGCGUUACUAACACCCACCUCCCUAGUGGUAGUUCCAUUUCCACUUGAAACAUCAACCACUCAGCUAGAAACUGUUCCUCUUACCUCAGCAUUAACAACUUUAACCUCCAAGCCAUCUUUUGUCACUUCUGAGCUGCCUGCAGGGAUUGGGAAGAGUAGGAGUCCUUCAGUAAGUCAUUCUAAAGGAGCAGCAGUAUCCUCUGAAGUGUCUUUGUCUGCUUUGAUGGCUGGCAGAGCAACUUUCACAAGACCUGUAUUGCUUCUAGGUUCACAGUUGACACUAAGCACAUCUACUUCUCCGAUACCUACUUUGCCUGUUAGAACUAGGUCUGGCAUUGGUCAAACUGAAGUUCACCCAACACCUGUUUCUGCACUGAUUUCAACUGCUCCUCAAAUUCCUAUGACUACUAGAUUUGGUAGCUUUGAGACAAGUUUUCCUCAAUUAAUCACAGUUUCAUAUUUUAAAACAGCAAAAUCCUUGUCUAAAACUUCCCUCAUAUCAUUAAAUGCAAGUUCUUUAGCUAGUUUUUCUUCAAAGCCAUUUUUAUCUUCAGUGGAAUCUUCGGUGACUGGUCCUAAGCAGACAUCUCCAUUAAUAAAAGGCAGUAUUUCUACUGCUCUGCCCACAACGACCAUAUCUUCACCUCAAGUUGCUUCUCAAAUCCCUACAAACACUUCUUCAAGUCCUUCUGUAACACACACAGUAUCUAUACCAGUGCAUUCUCUGAUUACUUCCCUGAAGCCCAAAGCUAUGGCAGAUGGCACUGUUGCCUCCAAAAGUCUUUAUAAAGUAGCCUCCGAUGCUCCCACUCUUCCAGUCAAUCCAACAAUCUCUCAUAUGUCUAUAGCAAGUAAAGCCUCAAAAGAAAAUAAAUACAUGAUGCACGCUGAUUCCUUUUCAGUGUCAGCCAUUUCUAAAAAGCCAAUGAAAUCCAUUAUGUCUACAGUCUUCCCUCUUAGGACACUGGUGUUACCUCCAAAUGCUACAUUAACAACCACUUCAGAAAUUACAGAGUACCCAAGCAGUUCACAUACAGAAUUGAAAACUGACACUGUGGCACAAAGUUCAGGCGCUUUUAUUCCUAAAGACCACUCUCUUACAAGGUCAUCAUCUUUAUUUACAAUCUUGUUAUCAACAUCAGUACCAUCUUAUAUAACAUCUCAUACUACAAGUUCUUCAUUGACUCCCAUAGUCAGUAGGACAUCAGCAUUAACACAAAAUAUAACUGCUACCCAAACAUCAGUUUCAUCUCUAGAUCUAGAUACACAAGGAACCUCAAAAAGUCCAGUUACAGACUUCCCAACUUCUGUAGAUUUUUCUACAUUCACUUUAAACAUAAGCCCUUCUACCAGCCUUUCAGCAGCGCUAAAAACGUCCACUGUAAUGCCCUCUUUACUAAUGCCUACAACUCCUGAAGCCACUUUAGAAAGCAAGUCCAGUAGGGUCUCUAUGUCUUCACCUCCUCCUAAGACCACUCGUAUCUCUACUGUUUCUCUAGGAAAACAGAGUUCUUCAGUAAGUUCUUCAGAAGAAGAUGGAACAAUAUCAGCCACAUCAGCUGGAAUCAUCACUCAAUCCACUACACCAAUGAUUGAGAACACAACAGUGAACACUACAUCCUUAAAAGCACCUUAUAUUUUUGCAAAACUACCACCUAGCUCUUCAGCCAGUUUAUUAGUUGCUUCUGGCACUACUGUAGCCUCUAGGAUUACUACAAAAACUACUGAUUCUUUUUUUGCCAAUUUGGAGCUUUAUAUGGCUUCAGCUUCAGUUCCUACCACCACAGAAACACCCAUGCAUGUAUCACACAAAUCUUUAUUUACAUCUGCAGCAACUCAAGCUUCACAGAGCACUAAAGAAACUCCAAAAAUUAUGAUCACAAAAACAACUGGUACUACAAGUCCAUUAUCACAGACAAAGAGUACCUCAUUUACAGCUUCAGAAGUUAAAUACUUGACCUCAUUUGGAAGAACUGUGGGUAUUUUAGAAAGUGGUCAGACUUCAUACGAGCAAAGAAAUGUUACCAAGAUACAGUCAACCACAACUGAGAAAUCUUCUCCAUCUUACCUGACAGUAUCUGCAGUUCACAGUUCACCUUUUUCAAGAAAUACUACCUCAGUAAAAAAUGUCUCUCUUUCUGGGGUCCCAGAUAUAACAAUAUCAGAUUGGUCCAAAAUCCCAACACAGAAAACCAUUAAACCCUAUUUCAGUUUAACAGAGUCCACAGAGCUGCAGACCAGAACUAUAAUAGAAUUAUCUCAUUCUAGUGGUGGAAUGGCUCUGCCUUCCUCUUCAGAGCCUGUGGAAACACAAACUUUUCUGGCAAGCACAGAAACAAUGACAGCUAUAGCUGACAAGGCUUCCUUUGGUACAAUGAUGCAUACGCUGAUAUCUACAUCUUCUGAAUGUGUGCCAAGAUACCUUGAACCUAUCGACAAAUGUAGCCAGUAUGUAUGUCUUAAUAUGGGUUGGAUGUUAUACAACCUUUCAAGGAACUGCCCUAAGGAUGUGCAGAAGCCAGACUGUGGUUUUCAAGGAAUGCCAGUUCAAGUUAACACUGAUAGUUGUUGCCCAGAAUGGGAAUGUCCAUGUCAAUGCUCUGUACUAUCCGAACUGAGUGUUAUUACAUUUGAUGGAAACAACAUAGCCCUCUGUAAUAUGGCUUCCUACAUUUUAGUCAAGCUACCAGGAGAAAUUAUUAUUGCUCAUAUUGAAAAAUGUCCUGCUAAUCAGAGUGCAAAUUCAAUAAGAGAACUAGUUCCCCCUGCAAGCACUUCAGGGCUCUGUUUUAAGAAAUUAAAUGUAACAACACGCACAAAUAAAUUACUUAUUAAUCGUUUAGCAAGAAAAGUAGUAGUGGAUUCUGUAAUUCAAUCAUUGCCAUUUUCAAAAGAAGGACUGAGUGUUCAGGAUACUGGUGCAAUGUAUGUUGUUAAUACCCCAGCUGGUAUUAGCAUCAAGUGGGCUCACGUUACAGGCAUCAUAGAUAUACAGUAUGGAUUACAGUCUAACACAUCGAUGAAAACAGAAGGACUCUGUGGGGUGUGUAAUGGAGACCCUACUGAUGACCUGAAAACACAAAACAGGACCAUAAUUACAAAUAUGGAGGAAAUGGAAAUGUUCAUUAAGAGUUGGGAAAUUGAGAAAUCACUUGAUGUAACAACCAGGAGGCCAGUAAGAAACUGUACUGAAGAUAACUGCACAUAUUGUAUGGAACUGUUAAACAGAAGUAUUUUCAUCCCAUGUCACAAGAAAGUGUCACCACAGGAGUUUUGUGAGAAGAUGUGGAUCAGCAGUACUUAUUUUUGGAAUUAUGAGUGUGAUGCACUUUCUGCAUAUGUGGCUUUAUGCAACAAACACAACAUCUGCAUUAAAUGGAGGACGCCUGACUACUGCUCAUUGAGUUGUCCUGAGGGCAAGGAAUACCAGCCUUGUGUGCAACCCUGUGAAGCCAAGACGUGCUUGAAUAAAUGGUUCUAUGAAGAUUCUCCCUGUUCCUAUUUAAGGGAAGACUGUGUGUGUAAAAAUGGCACUAUUCUGCAUAGAACAGACUCUGACCUCUGUAUACCAGAAGAAAAAUGUACAUGUACAGACAACAAAGGACAACCCCGCUUUGCUGGGGAGAUCUGGAAUGGAUCUGUGAGAGGCUGUUGCAUGUAUAACUGUUUAGCAAAUGGAAGCAUUGUUGCUGUAGAACCUGAAUGCAGUGAUGAUCCACCACCAGUCUGUGAAAGAGAAGGGGAAGUUAUUGUCCAUGUCAUCGAAGAGGGAGCUUGCUGUCCAAAGAAAGUUUGUGAAUGUAACAUGUCAUUGUGUGAUGCCAUUAUUCCAACAUGCAAACCCAAUGAAAAAUUAGUGGUAGGGUACCACCCCCUGUCCUGCUGUCCACAGUAUCGAUGUGAAUGUGAUCCUUCAGUUUGUUUCAAUGCUUCCCAGCUGGACUGCAGAGAAGAUCAAUUUAUUGUUGAAGCAAAACAGGAAGAUUCCUGUUGUUUCUCUUAUCUCUGUGUCUGUGAAUCCUGUAUUGAGCCCGUUCCCUUGUGUAAUGAAGGGGAAAUUCUCACUGUAGACCUUAAUACCAUACAUUACUGUUGUCCUCAUUACUACUGCGUUUGCGAUGAAAAUCUUUGUUCUGAGCCUCCUAUGAAUUGCACAGAUGACAUGACACUUGUGAAGGAAAAAAUACCUGGGCAGUGUUGUCCAGAAUGGCACUGUGAAUGUAGCUGUGAAAACACUACUAAACUGACCUGUAAAUUGGGAGAAGUUAAAAAAAUAGAUGAUAGUGUUUCCAGUGCUUGCGGAUGCACUCACUACAUUUGUGAGAAGGAUGAUGUGUGCAUCUUCCAAGAGGUCACGGUACUGAAUCCUGGACAAUCAGUGAUUCAGUACUUGGAUGGAGACAUUUGUUACACUGUACAGUGUUUACAAGACAAAGAUCAGAACACAGGAUACAAUGCCAUACAUUUUACAGUGGUGAACUGUUCCCAGCAAUGUGAAGAUCAUCAAAUAUAUAUUCCUUCCUCCAGUCACUAUACUUGUUGUGGUACCUGUCAAAAUGUGUCCUGCUCUUUUCAUACUGAGAAUGGAACACUAGUCGUGUAUGAGGAAGGAAGUACCUGGAGCUCCAACUGCACCAACUACAAGUGUGCAAAGACUGCUGCGGGGGCUAUCAUACUGGGAUCAAGUGUUGUCUGCCCCCCUUUUAACGACACUGAGUGUACAAAGAAUGGAGGAAUUGUGCAGACGUAUAAUGAUGGCUGCUGCAAGACUUGCAAAAAGGAAGAAAGGAUCUGCCAGAAAAUGACAAUCAGGACAACCAUAAGAAAAAAUGACUGUAUAAGUCAAAGCCCGAUAAAUGUGGCUUCUUGUGAUGGAAAAUGCCCAUCUGCAACGAUUUUCAGUGUCAAUAUUGAUAGCCAUUUAAGAUUCUGUAAAUGUUGUCGAGAAAUUGGAAAACGUAAUCUGACUGUGCCACUACGCUGUUCAGGAAAUGGCACUGAAAUUAUGUACAUCAUUCAAGAGCCGAUAGACUGCUCAUGCCAAUGGAACUAAACAGUACUGUGGAUGAUUCAGUCUGUGGAUUAUACUGUGGAUGAUUUAAUCUGAAAAAUUAAAAUUAGUUUCCUUUCACCAGACUCUUUUUUUGACCUUGGAUGGCUAUAGUACUCUGCAGGGGAGGGAAAAAAAAGAUGUCCUCAAUUAUGAUUGAUAAUGUAAUUUUUCACAGAUUUAGUGAAGACGAUGUUUGUUUUUCUUCAAAUUUUCUUUUUAAAUAUUGGCAUGUAUGGAAAUAAAAAUAUAAAUCCCUUUGAACGAGGUAUAAUUUAGCCAUCAACUAUAUCUACACAGUGGCUUUCCGAUGAGCUGUUGAAAGCUGGCUAAUGUCUGUGUUUCCAGUGUUUUAAAAUUUUGGAUUGUGGCUAGCUAUGAAGUUCAGAAUUUCUCAGUGGAUCUUUUCCUUUUACUUUGAAACUUCCAGUUGAGAACCAUCACUGGUCCCAUGUUUAAAUGGGAAAGAAGCACAUUGGGAUUUUGAGAAUGACUGAACUAAUUUAUUAAAAAAAUUGUGGGCUCAACUGAAACAUUUUUUAUCUUGCUGAAAAAUCUAUCUUUUGUCCAUUAAACUGUUGUCAGUGACUGGACUCUACUUACACUGUAAAUCACCGAGAAAUGCCACAACUAUGGUCUGUAAAUAUCUCUAGUGUAUCUCCGGAGCAUAUAGUAGAAUGGUAGUAACGUCUUUAAACAUCAGACAUUUAAUUUUUAUAUAUGUGAUAUAUGUGAAGCAUGACUAGGCAAAGGCUGAAGACUUCAAGUUUCUGUGCCUUUAUUAACAAUAUCUAAAAGCUGUUUCUGAUAUGAAGGAUUCUAUAUCAAAUUUUCAGUUUUCACAAAUAAAGAAUUGGCUGUCUACUAGCUGUAGAGAAAGAUUCUAUGUAUAUAUAUUUAUUAAAAAAAACAGGAUACUGCACACUUUAACUAUUCAUAAUGGGUUUCUUCAUUUUCCAGUUAGAAGAUUUGUGUUCAGUAUAUUUUUAUAAAAUACAUAAAAAUUGUUGUUUGUGGUUUUGUUUGGUUUGUUUUUUUUUUUUUUAAUACUGAGAUUUGGAUGAUUGACUGAAUUUAGGAUGCAUAAUUUUUGAGUCCAGGAAAAAAAUUCAGGUAAAAUAUAUAAUUUGAAGGAUUUAGCUGAGCUAUUCACGUUCAAUCAGGAUGUGAAAGUCCAUGAUUCAGCACCUUAAGCUGAAUAUGCUCUCCCUUUUAUUAAACAUACUACAUAAUCUAUUUUAAAAACUAAGGUUACAAUUUUAGGCUUGUUUUUAGAAGAUUGCUUUAUAAAUUCACUGAUGAAACUGGUUUAAAUGAUGACAGUAUUUUCCUUAUCAUGGAAAUUGUUUCAGAAUUAAAAUACUUGUCUAAGAGUCUGAAAACUUUUUGACAAACAGUUUUUAUUUCAAGCAGUCAUCAUUUAAUUACAAAAAGAUUGGAUUAUCACAUUGGUUUAUACAAUGAAAAAUAAGCAAUAUAAAAUUAAAAAAACUUACAAUCCAAGGCUACUUUGCUACUUUGUGUGAAAUACCUUUAAAUGUUUGCUGUAUCUAGUUUGAAGGCUUAUAAAUAGCGUAUACAGUGAAAUCUGUCUUUACUAACAAGACUGUCAUCUACUCAUACAUCUCUUUAAAAAUACUGACAUGGUUUAAAAAUUAAAGAACAAUCCAUUGUAUUAUCAGUAAACUAUUUAACCACUAUAAAGAAAUAGUGAUCACCUAGCAAUCAAAGCGCUGUUUUGAGAAAGCAUAUGCUCCAUUUGCACGUUUUUAUGACUUGUAUGGCAGAUAUUUCAAGUUGUCUUAUAUAUUAGGGCCUAGAAUCAAAAUAUUCUGAUAUUGCUGUUGGAAUUUGUGUACAGAACGUUUUCAUGCAAGCCAGAAAUGGAAAUUAAAUCAUAGCCAUAGCUGUAAAGUUUAUGUACUUGUACAGCAAAUUAAAAAGACAACUUUUAAAAGAAAAAUACAUCCUUAAGGCCUUUUGAUUUAUUAACAUAGAGAUAGGAAUUCUAUAUUUGCAUCAAGAGGGUUUGGCUGAAAACUUCAUCAAUUUAGCAUCUGAUAAAUUACUUACAGAAGCUCCUACAAGAUAGCAUUUUUCCAUAUAAUGACCAAACACUUGAUGUGUUUUGAUUAAACAGCUAUGCUUUUUAUAAGCAAUGUGCUUUUCUAAGAUUUCGAAUGGUAUUUGUAA